ACCGCCUUAUUGACUGAUAGUUCGUUAAUCGUUGAUGAUAGUCUUAUAUAUAUAACAAACCAUUUGACACGAAUUACUACAGUUAUCGGACAGUCAGUAGCCGUUAAUAUGCGUAUCAUCGUUUUGUUCGCCGUAUGUUUUGCGGCUACCGCAGCGAGCUCCAACAGUCCACAGAGGAUUGUAGGUGGCAAUCCUACAACUCAUGACCAAUAUCCUAACGUUGUUGCUCUUUUGGGCGUGCAUGAAUGGUUGUGGCAUACGCAAGUAUGUGGUGGUGUCAUCCUUAACUUCAGAUCCGUCCUCACUGCAGCCCAUUGUCCUAUUAAUGACAGAGUCGGCUUAUGGCGUAUCCGUUAUGAAUCAAACGUUUGGAAUGAAGGUCCUCUUAAUGGUGUGACCGGGAUCAUCGUCCAUCCUGACUUCCGGCAAGGAGAUAGACUGCAUGACAUUGCCAUCUUACGUUCUGACGACUUAUUGAAUCAUCGACAUGGCAAUCCAAUACCUGGCCCCGAAUAUAUUCUCCCUGACGAUACGAAGCUCGUUGCUGUUGGAUGGGACGCGAGUUGGCAAUCGGAAUCUGAGCAAUUACGUCACUCGGAAGUAACAAAGGUGAACGAAAUGUUGUGUGGUGCUCAAUAUGAAGAUUCUGAUAUUGUGAUCAAUGAAUACACACUGUGCACAAGCAAUCCUAUCACCGACGGUCCAGAACACUGCGAAGGCGAUUCUGGUGGUCCUCUAUUCGACAAUAAUGAUCUGGUAGGCAUCAGCACCUUUGGAAAUAAAUGCGAUGGCACCAACUUGCCCCGCAUCUACACCCGCCUUGCCAGCCACAAGGAAUGGAUUGAUUGGAACAUGUAAAAAACUUUUUUAAUAAUUAAUAAAAAUUCAUGUUCUAA